AAAGUGUGUCUUUUAUAAGAAAAAGCAGAUUUGAAAUCAGCAAGAGACUAAAACGUGAAUGAACAUUGUCCAAAGUAACCAAUCACAAAAGUGAAAGCAAGUGAAGGAAAGAUUGGUGACAUGUCAAACUCAAAGAGUUCUGAUUCAAUCACUGAUAUGAUUCAAACAUAAACAAGUUCCAAGGAUUGAUUUCUCUUCUUCUUGAUCUUCAAUGGAUUUAUUUUACCAUUUCCUUGUUUUAUUUCUAUGCUUUCUACCAUCUGUUGAGUGCCAAGUUAAAGAAUUUGUCAGCAUAGAUUGUGGCGGAGCAAGUAAUUACACAGAUCCACGUACCGGGUUAGCAUGGAUUUCGGACACUGAAAUCAUGAGCCAUGGCAAAUCAGUAGCAGUGGAGAAAUCAGACGAAGACAGGCUGCAGUAUCAAAGGCGCCGAGACUUCCCCACAGACAGCAACAAAUACUGUUACACACUAAGCACAGAAGAAAGGAGGCGGUAUAUUGUCCGAGCAACAUUUCUAUACGGCAGCUCGGUAAAUGUAGAUACAUACCCCAAAUUUCAGCUCUACUUGGAUGCAACUAAGUGGUCAACUGUAACUGUGUUGGAUGCUUCCAGAGUGUAUUGGAAGGAAAUGAUCAUCAGGGCACCUUCAACUUCUAUCGAUGUGUGCUUGUGCUGUGCAACAACAGGUUCUCCAUUCAUAUCCACACUUGAGCUGCGGCCUUUAAAUCAUUCAAUGUAUGCUACAGAUUUCGAGGAUGCUUUCUUUUUAAAAGUAGCGGCGAGAGUAAAUUUUGGGGCUCCAAGCAAGGAAGCAAUAAGGUACCCGGAUGAUCCUUAUGACCGAAUAUGGGAUUCAGAUCUUGAUAGAAGGCAGAAUUAUCUAGUAGGGGCAGCCACUGGCACAGAACGAAUCAAUACAACAAAGAACAUAGACAUUAAAACAAGAGAGUAUCCGCCUGUCAAAGUUAUGCAAACUGCAGUUGUUGGCACUCAAGGCAAGAUCAGCUACAGAUUGAACCUAGAGGACUUCCCAGCCAAUGCUCGAGCUUAUGCAUACUUUGCUGAAAUUGAAGACUUGCGGAUGAAUGAGACCCGGAAAUUUCAAAUGAAGGAGCCUUAUAUGUCUGACUAUAGCAAUGCUGUUGUGAAUAUUGCUGAGAAUGCAAAUGGAAGCUACACUCUGUAUGAACCCAGCUACAUGAAUGUAUCACUGGAUUUUGUUCUGUCAUUCUCCUUUGAAAAGACCCGGGAUUCUACUCAAGGACCGCUACUAAAUGCAAUUGAAAUAAGUAAAUAUUUACUGAUUGCCUCAAAGACAGAUGAAAGAGAUGUGGAUGUCCUCGAUGCCUUUUGCUCCAUGUCUGCUGAAAGUGGUCGGAAAAGUAACGGUGAUCCUUGCAAUCCAGCUCACUGGGAAUGGGUUACGUGCAGCUCUACCAUACCAACAAGAAUCACAAAAAUUGUGCUGUCAGGAAAGAACAUGGACGGAAAAAUCCCAUCUGAGCUUAAGAACAUGGAGGAAUUGACGGAGUUGUGGUUGGACAGCAACUCCCUCACUGGGCAAAUUCCUGACAUAAGGAAUCUUAUCAAUUUAAAAAUUGUGCAUCUAGAGAAUAACAACCUGAGUGGUCCAUUACCUUCUUACUUGGGUACCUUGCCAAGCUUACAAGAAUUGUAUGUGCAGAACAACUCUUUAAGUGGGGAGAUCCCUCCAACAUUAUUGACAGGAAUAGUAAUUUUUAACUAUGAAGGUAAUCCUCAUCUAAGUCAAGGAGCAAAGCAUAAGAAACAUCAUAGGUUGAUACUUGGAAUUUCAGUCGGAGUACUUGCAAUUCUUCUUGUUCUGUUCUUAGGAAGUUUGCUAUUACUACAUAACCUUCGAAGGAAGACAUCUUAUCAGAAAAGUGAUGACAAAGGUGAUUCUUUGCGCACCAACAACAAGUCUUCAAUCGGUUACUCAAUUGCAAGAGGGGGACAUUUAAUGGAUGAAGGAGUGGCAUACUUCAUUCCACUAUCUGAUAUAGAAGAAGCAACUAAUAGUUUUUCAAAGAAAAUUGGAAAAGGAAGUUUUGGACCUGUCUAUUAUGGCAAAAUGAAAGACGGAAAAGAGGUAGCAGUUAAGAUCAUGGCUGAUUCAUCCAGCCACGGAACCCAACAAUUUGUGACUGAGGUUGCUCUCUUAUCAAGAAUUCAUCAUAGAAACUUGGUUCCUUUAAUUGGAUACUGCGAAGAAGAACAUCAGCGAAUGCUUGUCUACGAAUACAUGCACAAUGGAACCUUGCGGGAUCACAUUCAUGAUUCUGUCAACCAGAAGCACCUAGACUGGCUAGCUCGUCUUCAUAUCGCAGAAGAUGCAGCUAAAGGUCUCGAGUACUUACACACUGGAUGCAACCCUAGUAUCAUUCACCGAGAUGUAAAAACAAGCAAUAUUCUCCUAGACAUCAACAUGAGGGCAAAAGUAUCUGAUUUCGGACUUUCAAGACAAGCUGAGGAAGAUCUAACCCAUAUCUCAAGUGUGGCACGAGGAACCGUAGGCUACCUUGAUCCUGAGUACUAUGGGAAUCAGCAAUUGACUGAAAAGAGUGAUGUUUACAGUUUUGGUGUUGUCCUCUUGGAACUGAUCUCUGGAAGAAAGCCUAUCUCAACAGAAGAUUAUGGGGCUGAUUGGAACAUUGUUCACUGGGCAAGGUCUUUGAUUCGCAAAGGGGAUGUAAUUGGCAUCAUCGAUCCUUUGCUAGCUGGAAGUGUCAAAAUUGAGUCGGUAUGGAGGAUUGCUGAAGUCUCAAUCCAAUGUGUUGAACAGCAUGGAGUUUCGCGCCCAAGGAUGCAGGAAAUCAUAUUGGCCAUACAAGAUGCAAUCAAGAUUGAAAAAGGAAGUGAAAAAAUAUCUUCACGUUCAGGAAGUUCAAAAGCUCAAUCUUCACGAAAGACUCUACUAACAAGCUUUCUUGACAUUGAAAGCCCAGACUUAUCGAAUGGGUGCCUACAACCCUCUGCAAGAUAAAUAUGCAACCACCCACCUGAAAGACUUGGUAUCACAAUAACAUAUAUAUAUAUAUAUAUAUAUACACGCCUAUUUUUAUUUUUAAUUUUUCUGUAGAUACAGUAGUACACAUAUUGUCAUCUUGUUUAUAAGACAUGUUUUGAGUUGUAGAGGAUAACACAGAAACAAUACCUUUCAGAUAACUAAACUCCUUUUGCGUUA